GUCGUGUCGUGCUAUGACGUCAUCACUUACCCCAUCUACCUAUUGGUGCAGAAGCCGUGGAUCCGUCUCAAAGAGUCCUCGCGACCCAAAGCGCGCCCUCUGGACCCGCGCUCGCCGUACAGCGCGUGGACCCGCGUGUCGGCGCAGUCGCCCACCGAAGGCCACUUCAUCGAGGAGUGCCGAACGGUGGACGAGCUCUUCUCGCGCGCCUCGCCCACCGAAGGCCACUUCAUCGAGGAGUGCCGAACGGUGGACGAGCUCUUCUCGCGCGCCGUCCAGCAGUUCGGCGACAAACAGUGCUUCGGUUCGCGCGACGUCUUGAGCGAAGAGUUGGAGAAGCAGAAGGACGGCAAGGAGUUCCGCAAACUCCUCCUCAGCGACUACCACUUCCACUCCUACCGCCAGAUCGACAAAAGGGUGGACGCCGUGUGCCGCGGCUUCCUCGCGCUCGGCGUGCGGCCGCGCAAUAAUGUGGUCAUCUUCGCCGAGACGCGCCUCGAGUGGAUGCUCAGUGCGCAGGCGCUGUUCCGGUUGGGCGCCACUGUCGUGACGCUGUACGCGACGCUGGGCGACGACGCGGUCGUGCACGGCAUCAACGAGACGGAAGUGACCAUCGUGGUGACCAACUACGACCUCCUGGCCAAACUGUCACGUGUCCACAACCGCCUGCCGCACGUCCGCACCGUGGUGUGGAUGGAAGGCGCGCGCCGCCCCGACGCGUUGACAGCCUUUCCCGCGUCGGUGCGCCUGGAAGCGUUCUCGGCGGUGGAAGCGUUGGGCGAGCGCAGUCCCGACCUGCGGGGCGAGAAGGCGCGCGCGGAGGACACGGCUGUUCUGAUGUACACGUCGGGGUCGACGGGAAUCCCGAAAGCCGUGCAAAUCACUCACAAGAACAUCCUGCACGCCAUCCGCGCCUUCUUCACCAUCGCGCACGCGCUCUCGCCCCAAGACGUGUACCUCGGCUACCUGCCCCUCGCGCACGUGCUGGAGCUGGCCGCAGAGCUGUUCUUCUUCUCGGUGGGCAUGACUGUGGGCUUCGGCACUCCUCUCACACUCACAGACAAGUCGACGGGCAUUAAGAAGCCGCACUUCCCGCUGCGCUGCGAGAACUCCGGCUGGCAGAAAGGCAUCCGCGAGCAGGUGGACAGCAGCGGUCGCUUCUCGCGCGCGUUUUUCGACUUCACGAUUGAAUACAAGAAGUUUUGGACGCAAAAAGGCUUCAAAACACCAAUCAUCGACUUCCUCGUGUGCCGCAAGAUCAGCGCUCUUCUGGGCGGCAGAGUUCGCCUUCUGGCCGUCGGGAGCGCUCCGCUCGCGCCCGAGACGCACGAGUUCAUCCGCACGUGUCUCAACGUGUCUCUCCUUCAAGGCUACGGAUUGACGGAAACGACGGCUUCGGCCACUUUGAUGGAGUUGAACGACCUCUCUGUGGGACGCGUGGGGCCGCCGCUAGAGGGCGUGCAGCUGAAGCUGGUGGACUGGCCGGAGGGCAACUACCGCGUGCAGGACAAACCGCACCCGCGCGGCGAGAUCGUGUUGGGCGGCGACUCCAUCACCAACGGCUACUACAAGAACGCGGAGCUCACGCGCGAGUCGUAUCGUCUGGAGGACGGCGUGCAAUGGUUCUACACGGGAGACAUCGGCGAGAUUCUGGAGGACGGCAGCGUCCGCAUCAUCGACAGGAAGAAGGAUCUCGUGAAGCUCCAGUUCGGCGAAUACAUCUCUCUCGGAAAGGUGGAGGCGGAGCUCAAGUCGUGUCCGUUCGUGGACAACAUCUGUUGCUAUGGCAACUCGUUCCACUCCUAUCUGAUCGCUUUGAUUGUUCCCAACGAGAAGCAGAUCCGAUUGUUGGCGCAGAAACUCGACAAAAACGCGCUCUCCUUCCGCGAGCUGUGCGCAGACGCAGAGGUCGCGCGCCACGUGUUCGCCGCCGUCGACGCCUUUGGGCGGAAAUCGCGGCUCCUGAAGAACGAGAUGCCGUCGAAGAUAAGGUUGUGCGCCGAGGAAUGGCUGCCGGACUCUGGUUUGGUGACGGCGGCGCUGAAACUGCGGCGGAAGAACAUUCAGGACUUCUAUCAACAGGACAUCAAUCUUCUCUACAAAAACCUGAGUUUCAGGUGAAUUACAAAUUAUUAUUAUUGUUGUUUUAAUA